AUGGGCAGCGAGGGGGAGCGGGGCCCGGCGGCGGCCCCAGGCCCCGGGCAGGGCGACCCGCGGGCGCUGCGGAGGGACUGCCAGCACCGAAUCUUCGUCAACCGGAGCCUGGCGCUAGAGAAGAUCAAGUGCUUCGGCUUCGACAUGGACUACACCUUGGCUAUGUACAAGUCCCCCGACUACGAGGAGCUGGCCUUCGCCCUGCUGCUGGAGCACCUCGUCUCCAUCGGGUACCCCCACGAGAUCCUCGCCUACAAGUACGACCCCACCUUCCCCACACGGGGGCUGGUGUUCGAUGCCCUGUAUGGGAACCUGCUGAAGGUGGACUCCCAUGGGAACCUGCUGGUCUGCGCCCACGGCUUCCGCUUCCUCAAGGGGGCCGAAAUCCUCCACUAUUACCCCAACAAGUUCAUCCAGCGGGAUGACAUGAAGCGCUUCCACAUCCUCAACACCCUCUUCAAUCUCACGGAGGCCCACCUCUACGCCUGUCUCGUGGACUUCUUCACCAACUGCUCCAGAUACGUCAACUGCGACACCGGCUACAAGCAUGGGAACCUCUUCAUGUCCUUCCGCAGCAUGUUCCAGGACGUGCGCGAGGCCAUGGACCACGUCCACCUCUCGGGCUGCCUGAAGGAGAAGACUCUGGAGAACCUGGAGAAAUACGUGGUGAAGGACCCCCGGGUGCCGCUGCUGCUGAGCCGCAUGAAGGAGGUGGGGAAGGUCUUUCUGGCCACCAACAGCGACUACAACUACACCGAUGCCAUCAUGUCCUACCUGUUCGACUUCAGCGAUGGGGACAAGGCCGACACCCCGCAGCGCCCCUGGCGAUCCUAUUUCGACCUCAUCGUGGUGGACACCCGCAAGCCACUCUUCUUCGCCGAGGGCACCGUCCUGCGCCAAGUCAACACGGACACGGGGAAGCUGCGCAUCGGGACGUACACCGGCCCGCUCCAGCACUGCGCCGUCUACUCCGGCGGCUCCUCGGACGUGGUGUGUGACCUGCUGGGUGUGAAGGGCAAAGACAUCCUCUACAUGGGGGACCACAUCUUCGGGGACAUCCUCAAGUCCAAGAAGCGGCAGGGCUGGCGCACCUUCCUGGUGGUGCCCGAGCUGGCCCGCGAGCUGCAGGUCUGGACGGAGAAGAGCGAGCUGUUUGAAGAGCUGCGGAGCCUGGACCUUUUCUUGGCAGAGCUGUACCAGCACUUGGACAGCGGCAGCAGCGAGCGCCCAGACAUCAGCUCCAUCAAGCGUCGGAUCCAGAAAGUCACGCACGAGAUGGACAUGUGCUACGGGAAGAUGGGCAGCCUCUUCCGCUGCGGCUCACGCCAGACGCUCUUCGCCAACCAGCUGAUGCGCUACGCAGACCUCUACGCCGCCUCCUUCAUCAACUUCCUCUACUACCCCUUCAGCUACCUCUUCCGGGCACCCCCAGUCCUGAUGGCACACGAGUCGACGGUGGAGCACAGCCGCCUGGACGUGGGGGAGGCAGGCACAGCCCUGGCACCCUGGCUGGCCCGGCACGGCCACCCCGGCCAGCAGGUUGCUGGGGUCCCCCAGGACUCCAGCGGGGAGGAGGAGGGUGACGGAGAAGCCUGAGCCCACCCCAGUGCCGACGGCUGCCGAGCUGGCAGGUGCCAGCCCCCAGGGAGGACAUUCGGUGGCCCCGGCCCACUUGCGCUGCCGGCUGGGAGACCAAAACCACCCGUGGUCAGCCACCACCUCUGGUAGCCACAGGACAGCUGGUGGCCCUGGCCCGUGCCCCAUGUCACGCCUCUCCCCUGCGCCAGGAGCAGGGCCCCCCCCAGAGCCCAGGGGCUGCCCGGUGCCCCCACCUUCACUCAUGGCCCCCGUGCCCCAGCAUCAGCUGCUUCUCCCGGCCAGCUCAAUGCCAGUCUGGGGCUGCCCAAACCGGGGAGAGCCGAUGGCAACUCCGGCUGUCGCUGGAAACCUGCUUUGGCAGCUCCUGCCCCUCCAGCUUCGGUGCCCGGCUCUGGGCACCGUGGCGCUGGGGCCCGGCUCUGGGUGGAGGUGGGUGGGUGUUGCUCAAGCACAGGAGGGCUCUGGGAGUGACUGCUGCUCCCUGGGAAUCCCUUUUACCCGCUAUUCUCCUCUUCUGUUUUCUACCCAUUUCUAUUUAUAAAAGACACUCAAACUCCUGGCACUGCAGAGACAUAAAAUUGGCUAUUUUAAAGGAAAACUGCUUUGCCCCUGAGCCUGGGAGGAGAGGGCAAAGGGCAAUUCCCAAAUCCUCAGCCAGCAGCUGGGACAAGUGCAAGCCCCUGGGCAGAGGGUGGCAGCCCCGAGACCCCCACCCCCUCUCUGCUGGCACUGUCCUGCACCCCGGAGGAGGGGGCCGGGCCUGCCAUGCUCCCCAGACCAGAGCCAGACCCGUGCCGGGACUUUCUGGAUACUGCUCUAAGACUUCUUCCAGCAUCGAGGUUUCUCAAUAAAGAUGCUGAGUCAA